UUACCGUUAGCUUAGAGCGGAGCGCGCAGAGAUGGAGCUCUCUGCCAUCGGAGAGCAAGUGUUCGCCGUGGAAUCGAUCCUAAAGAAAAGACUCAGAAAGGGUAAUGUGGAAUACCUGCUGAAGUGGAAAGGAUGGCCUCCAAAGUACAGCACAUGGGAACCUGAGGAGCACAUUCUGGACCGUCGCUUGGUGCAGGCCUUCGAGGACAAAGAAGAAAAAGAGAGAGUUGUUGGCCACAGGAGGAAAGGAUCAAAGUCAAAACGAGUCCUUCUGCAGAACACUGUUUACACCAUGGAUCUGCGCAGCGCUCACAAGAUUCCCGCCAAGCCUCCUCCUCGCCUUCGUCUCUCUCUGACGCGCUCUUUGCUUCCCGACGAUGACGAUGAAGACGAGGAUGAAGAUGAGACGUAUGUUCCUUGCAGGACCGGGUCUCGAAUACAAGCGGCGCUUCGAAAAAGCACACGGAGCAGAUGCCUAAACUUAGACCACCAGAGUUCUUCCCCAGAGGAAUGGGAGGAGGAGGAGGAGGAGAACAGUGCAGAGGAUAGUGAACACAGAGAGGAGGAAGAGGAGGCGGCUGAGAUGAGAGAAGCAGUUUUUAGCGGACAUAGGAAUGCCGAUAAAUGGAGCACAGACGGCGCGGCUGAAUCAGAACAGUUGUGGCGACCCGUCAUGGCCCCAGGAGAGGUGACGGUCACAGACGUCACCCUCAACUCCCUCACAGUGACCUUCCGAGAGUCCAGAGUGGCCAAAGGCUUCUUCCAAGACUGGGGCCUGGAGGUGUGGGAUCAGGUGGGCGGCGAGGGCUCAGAGAGAGCCACCUGGGACCCCUGACCUGUUUUAGGGUUUGUCUAAAUGCACAGAGUCAGGCGGACGUGAAAGACUGCAGGUACAGUGCCUUACAAACGUAUUCACACCCCCUGAGCUUUUCCUCGUUUCAUCAGGUUACAGCCGUAGACUUUUUAGUUUUACGCUUGGA